GACAGCUGUGGGGUCGAUGUGACCUUCACCGUCAGUCCCAGUCUUCCUUCUGGUUUGCGACUGGAUGAGGUCACUGGAUGCAUCAGCGGGACGCCCACGGAGGAAGUGGACGCAAGGGACUACGAGGUCACUGCCAGCAACGUGUCGGGCAGCGACGCGACGACUUUGUGUCUCUGCGUGCGGCCGGAGAAGCCGCAUGACCUGAGGUACCCCGACCUGGCGGAGUCCUACGAGGUAGGCCAGGAGAUCAGUCUCGCACCUGAGGUGCAAGGAGCAGUGAACCGCUUUGAAGUGGCUCCUGAUCUUCCAGGGGGUUUGACAUUGGAUGCAAGCACAGGUGAGAUUCAGGGUACCCUGGCGGCCGUGUGCGACGGUGUGCACCAAAUCACGGCAACGGGAGAGGAAGGGACAACCACUGCUGAGCUCAAGUUCACCGUCGUGGUGUCAGCACCCUCGAACUUCAGCUAUCCUUUGGCCAGUCCUUCCUACGCAGUGGGCGAGCCUAUGGCUCUUGACGCUGAGAUUGAAGGGAUGGACUGCCGCUUUACUGUUGAACCAGCCCUGCCGGAGGGUCUCACGUUGGAUCCUGAGACGGGGCACAUUAGCGGCACCCCGGAAGCUCAGUGGGGCGGCUCAGAGGCCCGCCCAGUGGUAGUUUUGGCGAACUCCUGA